AUUUUGGAAAUCCUUUUCCCAACGUUCACCGCUUUCAACAUCCCACAAAAUCUUCCCCUAUAUAAAGGGACACACCUCCAGGCGGAGUAUAGCUCAAGAAAAGCUUCAAAUCCUCUGAAACACCUAAUCUCUCUCAGUUCAUACCAUCUCUACAUCCUUUUCCCUUAAACAUACCACCCAACUCCUUAAAUCCCCCAAUAAAACAAUCAAUCUCUAAAUCCCUGGAAGGGAGCUAAACAAUGUCUGCAAUUGUUUGCCGCAAGAGAUCCUUUUUCGAAGAUUUACAAUCACCAUCGCCGAUUUCAGCGUCGAAGAAACUUCGUUCUUCUUCCUUCAGCAAUUAUCCACUUCACUUCGAUCAGCUGAGAGCUUUAUUUCCUGAUAUGGAUAGUCAGCUACUUGAGAAAGCAUUGGAAGAAUCUGGCAAUGAUCUGGAUGCUGCCAUUAGAAGCCUGCAUGAGCUAAGCCUUGGAUAUUCAGAUGGUAAGUCGGAUACAAAAGUUGAUGGAGAGAUUGAAAAUGGUAUGAAGCCUACCAAUGGGCCGGCUGCUCAGUCGGAAGAUCCUUCAGCUGAAAACAAUUUUCCUGCCGAUGGUGCAGAAUGGGUGGAGUGUUUUGUGAGGGAAAUGAUGACUGCUACAAGCAUAGAUGAUGCCAGGGCUCGGGCUACUAGACUGUGUGAGAGCUUAGAGAAAUGCAUUAGCUCACGUGCAAGUGCAGAGGCAGCUCAAAAUUUUCACAAGGAAAAUAUAAUGUUGAAAACGCAAAUAGAAGUGCUUCGUAAAGAUAAUUUCAUUCUCAAGAGGGCAGUGGCCAUUCAACAUGAACGUCAGAAAGAGUAUGAGGAAAGGAACCAGGAAGUGCAGCAAUUAAAGCAGCUGAUUGCUCAGGGUAAAGAGCAAUUGAGAACUCUUGAGAUCAACAAUUAUGCAUUAAAAAUGCAUUUGCGGCAAGCUCAGCAAAGCAACUCUCUUCCUGGAUUCAAUUCAGAUGUGUUCUAAUGUGCCGAAUGUUCAAAGAAAGAGAUGAAGACUAGAAAGAGCAUUCCUUGUGGCACUUAAAGAGAUGGAGUCUAGAAAGAGCAUUCCUUCUGGCACUUGUUAACCCUGAUAUCAGAUGUUUUACUGACCAUAUUAUUAUAUCAGUUGUCAGAUCUGAGAGUCGUACUAAAGGUUUCUAGGGCAUGCCAACUUGUCCUGAUGAUUCCAAUGAAGUUGCACACAGGGGACAUCAUCCAAAUUUGCAAUAUGAAGGUCUCAAAUCAUCAAGUUGAUGUUCAAAUUAUAAUUUUGUUUACGUGGGUAUGAAUUUUCGCUGUCUUCCUUAUAUGUAUGCCACAUUAAUGAACAGGUAAAAGGUAUUUGCCGUGCAUUUUUUGUGUAAUGAAGGUCAGCUAACCAGCUUUUAGCAUGGUACUCCAUACCUCUGUUAGCUGAGUGAUGUUGCUGAAUGCUGAUGGUCUAACUAUAUUUUAUUUUAAUUUCUAUAUUUUUUGGUUAACAAA